AUGUCUUCGGUACAUAUUCACCCACUGGACCAAAGUCACAAAGAAUGUGAGCCAAAACAAAUCACAGAAACGGGGAAGAACGAACCAGUUGAGAAAACGACCAGGCAAGUGGUUUCAAGAACGACAAGAACAACGAUAGCUAUCACUGAGACCCGAACACCUCAUCCCACUAAAGAAGAAGGUAAUGGAGAGCCAGUGGAGAAAACAACACAGCCUAGGAUUACAAGAAGGACAAGAACAAUGAUAGCUAGCCCCAUGAUCCGAACACCUCAUCCCACUAAAGAAGAAGGUAAUGGAGGUAAGAUGUAUACCAUAAGUAUAUAA